AUGGAGGAGGCUUUGUUGACACCGGAGGAUGGAAAGAGGCAGAAGAGGGUGAGAUUCCGGGUGGCCUCAGGGAACAGCGGGCGGGUUUUGAAAGAGAUGUUUAAGGAUGAAGGGCCGUCGGAUUCCCUGGAUUCAGACUGCACCAGCAGCUCCGAGGCGGACCGGGCCAGCACUCCAUCCACCAGUGGGGAGGCGAAUGGACACCUGUGUGGAUUCUUGGGGUCGGAGUUGGAUGACAGUGGAAGUGAGCCUGAUGACUUGCUGAUGUUUGCAGGAGGAAGAGACAAAGUGUUGAGUACCAAACGAGUGAAUAUCCUCAGCAAAAAUGGGACGGUUCGGGGAGUCAAGCACAAAGUUAGUGCUGGCCAAAUACUCUUUGAUAACUUGGCUAAAAACAAUGGGCCAGAACUGACUCUAGAGUUCGGGCGAAUUGUAAUCUACACCACCAGUUUUCGAGUGGUCAGGACUACAUUUGAGCGAUGCGAGCUGGUCCGAAAGAUCUUUCAGAACCACAGGGUGAAGUUCAUAGAGAAGAACAUCGCUUUGGACAAUGAAUAUGGGAAGGAACUGGAGACACGCUGUAAGCGAGUGGGUGAACCUCCCUCACUGCCUGUGGUCUUCAUUGAUGGACACUACCUAGGGGGUGCAGAGAAAAUACUCGCAAUGAAUGAAUUAGGGGAGCUUCAGGAUCUCCUCACCAAAAUAGAGAGGGUUCAGCACCCCGACACAUGCCAGACGUGUGGGGGAUUUGCCUUUGUCCCGUGUCCUAUGUGCCAUGGCAGCAAAAUGUCUGUGUUCCGCAACUGCUUCACCGACUCUUUCAAAGCCCUGAAGUGCACAGCGUGCAACGAGAAUGGCCUCCAGCCCUGCUCCAGCUGUUCUCACUAAGGUCCUCUUCAAGUGCCUGCAAACCCCUUCCCAGCAAAACCUCCACCCCCACAAGCCAUGUAUAAAACAAGAGACACAGAAAGAACUGCUAUUUGUGAAUAAACUGUUUUUUUUUUAGAAAACUCAAUUACAUGUCUACAGAUGUAGUUUUUUUUUUUUACCAUAUUUGCUAUUUGAUGAUGAUUAAUUAUCACAGUAUGAGGCUUUUUUUUGUCACAUGCCAACAGAUGUCUGGCAACAUUACCUAAUCGGACAGCAUGGACACUGUCUGUCACUGUAAAUAAAUAUAGCAAUUAAGUAAAUUAACUAGUAGUUCAGAGAGGCAUAUCAUCUUUCUGAACCCUAUGAUCCCAGCAUGAGACAAAAUUCAAAGCAUUAUCUGGUGAACAUCAAAACAGGUGACCUACCGAGAGAAAAAACAAAAACAAAACAAAAACAAAGGACAAAACCC